CUUACACCUACACCGACAUCUCUUGUUUUCUGGCGGACUCAUUAGGUUCAAGGAAGGAGCUCGCUUUGUUGCGCGGCGAUUGAAGAGGCCUUCCCCACGUCACAAUGACGUCGACGCUUGCCGCUCAGCUGGCAGGCAUCCGCAGCGUCAAUGCUGGGAGGCUCAAAAGUUCCGCGGCUCUCACCAAUCAAGUCUCGUACCUCUUUCCAACAUCCACUGCCGCCACGCAAGACCUCGACACAGUCCAUGCUAUAGGCCAGAAUGGAUGGGCGGAGCUAGUCGCGUCCAAUGGCAGGUACAACGAGUGGGAAGGGGCGGAACAGCUGUUUGGGGAGCAGAGCAAGAGAUUUGAUAGGGCGGUACGCACAUCCGACGAGAAUCAAGAAACAGAUGAGCUCAUCGAGCAGUGGCUGAAGCUCGUCGCGCCUGAGCUGUUGAGCAAGCCUGUAUCCAAGUGCUUGGAAUGGCUGGUGAGGCGAUUUCGCAUAUACGAGUUCAAUACGCUAGCACUUGUCGGCGUCUUUCUGCCGUACCAUCAAACUUCUCAAUUCGCUCGCAUGCUCCAGAUCGUCAAGCUUGAAGAUCAUGCGCCUCUGGCCUUCCUGAAGCCUUUGCAGAAGAGAGGAACGCCUCUGCCCUCGUCUGUACUGGUUGCGGCGUUCCUUGGCCCUGCGCAUACCACACCCAGCCUGGACACUCUGCGCUUCAUCACAUCACUCUUGCCGCCCAACAGUGGUCACGCGCAUCGAGCCCUCGUCUCCUUCUGGACGGCCACCCUGAGUCAGCUUUGCUUGCGAUGGGCCGGCACCCUUUCGAGCGGAGAGAUGAGAGCAUCGAAUGCUUCUCGCAGAGCAGGUCAGAAGAGACCCGAAGCUCAAGACCUUCUGCCCAUCCUGCUGCCAGCUGCUACUGCAGUAGCCAGUUCUAGCAAGACGGAAGAAGCCAGACUUGGAGGCAUGAUGGUCAUUUGCGCUCUCGGCUCUUCCUUUCCGCUUUCCGAGGCUGCUAUUCGCGCUACUCUGGACGCGCUUCUAGUUGAGACUCCCGCACAUUUGCGCGACACUCCCACCCUGCAACGCGGACUGGUCGCUGUGCUCUUGACGCUACUAUCAAGCGCAGAACGCCCUGCGUCGGAGUCAACAGCUCAGCUCGUCUCGGAGCAAGCGGUCUCCACUUUUCUCACCAUGACGCACACUGUAGCUGAGCUGCGCGCUGCAGGCGCGCGUUAUGCCCUGCGACCUUUCUUGCAACACUUUUUGCCGGCCGUUCGAUCGACUCUCGGAAAGGUGCCGGCAGCGACAGAUGCACUCAGCACGCUUUUGGCCAGCGCCUCGACUCCCGAUGAUCUGCGAAAAGAGAUCCUAGAGUCGUUGCUGUCGACGGGAGGCAGUACAGAUCCCGCGUGCGACCGUGCUCGAAUCGUCGUCCUGGCGCAUGUCCGACAAGAGCAAGCGAGCGAAUUCGACUUGGCGGUGCGAGGCCUGCUUGGCAAGAACGUCGAUGCUGCCUCUCGAGCCAAGGUGGAAGCUUCCCUUCGCGCUGUUCUGCGCGCUGGUGCAGGUGCCGAUGUGAAGGACGAAGAUGCAAACGGCCCGUCGUGGCUCGGCGUCAACGAUGCGGAAGCUAGCGUGCGUCUGGUCGCGCUUCGCGCUCUUAUCCAAGCGGUCAAGGCAGGCGCAGUUGAUGCUCAGGACGCUUUUGUCAAGGACGCUGUACGCGCUCGUCUUCAUGACAGCAGUGCAGAAGUUUUGGAGCUCUUACUAUCUAGCGGUGUCGUUUUGAAGAGCAUUUCGCCCAGCGAAUGCUUGCAAAUCGUUCGCGUGCAGCUCCAAGCGUCGAAGCUUGAGCGAGGGUGCGUCAAGCACCUUGUGGCUUUCCUCGUUGACGAAAUCGAGCAAGUCGGACCCGAAUGCUCCCGAUCCAUCCUGCAGUCGGUCAUCUGGCCACGAUUAUUGCUGAGCAAGAGUCAUCAGAAAGCCAACGAAGAGCUGAUUGAGGGGCUCAAGACGAUCCGAGCAUCAACAGCUCCCGCUGCGCGCAGUCUGGACAACGACCUGCUGGUCAAGAUGUCGAAGCUUUCUGCGGCCGAAGACACGGCUGCAACGAAUCAGAAACGGAUUGCUGUCAUCGCAGGCUCUAUGGAGAGCUAUGAGCCCACGUCCGAACACUACAAAGAACUGGUGAGGUGGAUGAUCAAAUCGUUGAACGUCUCUGCAGAUGCUACCCAUCACGAGCGGAGCGCAGCUCUGCUGUCGGCAGCGGUGUUGAAGGCUCUCCUGUCUUCGCCGGCUCUCGUCAAGGAUGCGCACAUGUUUGCAAGCAUCGCACAACGAGCUUUAGAUGCGGUCGACAUAUCCGUGCACACCGAUUCUGGUUCGAACACUCCUUCUGAUGCUGGUUUGUUACCUAGCACCUCAGAGGCUAUCUUCUCGCGUCACGGAUCUGCGCAUACACGUGCAGCGGUGUUCAGGGAGCUCGCCCUGAGCAUAGUCCAAAGGCUUCCAGUCGAGGAAAAGGCAGUACCUGCCACCGACUUCUGCCUUGGCAACGACUCGCCUGUGCUCAAGCUUGCAACCACGGCGUACACGGUGGCGAACUCGAAAGCGGCGCCCGCUCUGGGCCGCGAAAUGCUGGCUGCUCUCUUUGUCCGGCUAAAAGACUCUACUCUGUCUUUCCUGGCGAGUGUGUGGUGUUCCACGAUCACGCGCCCAAAUACCGACGUUCCGCUCUCUACUCGAUCACUUGCUCUGCGCCACGCGCAUGCUUUCCUGCAAGCAUUCCAAGCGGCUCCGGGCGGUCAGGCAGGUCGCCAGGUGGACUUUCAGGUCAUUCUACCUGCGCUUUUGCUCGCGCUCAACGAUGUAGACACGUCGAUCAGACACGCGGCUCUCAGCUGCAUCGAGACCGUGGGCAAGGUCGCGAGCACAGCUGCUGAUUCCGGCAACGCGGAAAUCUUUGCUUUUGAUCGACUGUAUGGUCGGAACAAUAGCUCCGGCCUCAAGUACCUUCAGACGAAGGACGCUGCUCAGCUGUGUUCUGAUCUAGCGAUGAGCGCACAAUCCUUCCGCCACGAUGCGCAGUAUUUGCCUGCUUGGCUGAGCGAGCGCCUAGCCAUCAAACGGGAGGACAGCAAGCACGAUAGCGGAUACAAGCGCAGUGUAUUAAGCUUCUUGUUAUCGCAUGUGGCAUGUUGGCCCUCGAACGGCGCACGUACCGCGCUUCUGGACGCUCUUCGCGGCGUUCCGGACGCCUCGAAGCUGCUAAUAGCGGUACCGCUGCUUCGUUCGCUAAUGCAAUCUCUCACUCCAAAGGCUGCGUAUGGAAGCUUCAUCGAGAGGUAUGCCCAGCUGCUCCUCAGCACGUUUGACGGCUCUAGCAAGUCCAGCAUCGAUCGCAACGUCGAAGGAUCCUGGUCGGUCUUUAAAGAGGCGAUUACCAGCUCUGUCACUUUCCUGCAAAAGCAAGCUUGCUCGGCCCUCGAAGAGCGCCUCGCAAGACACCUGUCCUUGGCGCACUCCAAAGAGAUGUUCGAGCUACUUUCCAGCGUUGCGACAUCGCCAUCUCACGAGAGCAUUGCCCAAGUCUCUCGAGUCUUGCGUGCGCUCAAAGUCGAGACAGCGUGGCUCGUUCCCGUUAUUUCUGACUUGCGCAGCUCUCUGGCCUACACCACUCUAAACGCUCCUGCGUCGAAGAGAGCACGUACGGAAGACGCAACUUCGGUCGAAGGAGGCGAGGCAACGCUUCCUCGCAGGGCGGCCACGCUUACCUUCAUCCUGGAGUCGAUCGCUGACCGCAAAUUAGGUGCCCAGCCAGAUCUCAUUGCGGAGCUGUUUGAAGUGCUAAGAGUCAGCACAGAGAUGCAUACUUCUCAAGCGUUCAAUGCGGAUCACACCCUACAGGCCUGUCUCACUUGCCUUCAUAAUACUCUUGGAGCAGUCCCCAGCGACCAAGCGAGCACGGAACUGGUCCAGUCGCUACGCCCUGAUAUCGUCGUCAACGUCGUCAAGGCAUCUUCGAAUCCCCAAACCUUCAAUCAGGCUCUACUCCUGCUCACCAAGGUGGUCGCCCUGGCCCCUGAAGCCGUCAUUCACAACGCCAUGCCCAUCUUCACCUUCGUUGGAGUGUCCGUCUUGCAGCGCGACGACGCGCUCAGCUUCAGCGUUGUGGAGCGGGUACUGCGCUCGAUUUUGCCGCCACUUGUCAAAUCUCUGCGACCAGCAGGCACCGCCGACAAAACAGACGCACAUCUUCAGCUCUUGCAGCACGCUCGACCGUUCAUCUGCAUUUUCACAGACGCGGCGACACAUGUGCCAAGGCAUCGACGGGAUGUGCUGUUCCAGCUGUUGGUCGAGGUCUUGGGCGCCGACGAGUUCUUGUCGGCUGUCACCAUGCUUCUCGUGGACCAAGUGGCGCACAAGGUUGUCAAGCAGUCUCCAAGCGAUGCGAGCGCCACGUUGGCAUUGCCUAUCGCUGUCUUCGAAGCAUGCUCACCCACCGUUCAGCUUCAUGCUGUCGUGCAAGUUCUCGACGAAGCCUCAAGGCUGUGGAAGCAUAGAGACGAACCUCUCACGGACGCUCAAGCUCAUACUUUCCUAGAUCCCUUUUCGAGACUCGACGAAGAGCACACGGGCAAGCACCCAGAAGCUAUUCGCCGCAUCAGAGCUCUAACAUCGCUUGUGCGCCAAGCGCUGACUUUGCGAUCGCUGACUACUAGCGUGGCGAAUGUUGAGGGAUCCGAAACGCGCAGCAAAGCCAGCAAGUCUAUUGCAAACAGCACACUUCUGGUCAUUCGACGGGCUUUGGAGCUGGCUUCGAUCAGAGAUACCGACAUCGGUUCAUCAGCACGCGAGAUUGCCAGCUCGCUGGUCCGCAUUGCUCCGCCAAGCAUGUUCAUCGAUUUUGUCAUUAGCUUCAUUGCCGAUCGCGAUCCUGCAGCCAAUCGUAGCGGUCUGGAGCUAGUCUCUACGCGCCUGCCGCGCCUCAAACAGGAUGCCCGCGACCUCAUCGCAGAUCGUACCCCAAAGAUCAUCACUUUCAUCGCCGAGACACUGCCACGCUCGACGUCUGAUGCGGCAACGCUUCAAACUGCGCUUCGUGCCCUCGAAUCGCUAGCCGGCACCUGUGUGCCCUCUGAGCAUGCUGCACUAUCUUCCUGCCUCCCCGCACUCGUAGAUUUGGGCAGGGCCGAUCAAUCAUUGCGGGACGCCAUGUUGCGCGUAACCUUGCCAUUGUCGCGCAAGCUCGGACCACGCCUGAUCCCGCACUUAUCCGCUUUGGCGCCGUUCUGUCUGCUCUGUGCUCGACAAAGCCUGGAAGCGGGUCACCUCAACUCUCGUGACGCAUUCGACACGUUGUCAGGCCUGGUGUCUGCUGUUCCAACAUUCAUGCCUAGCUAUCUCAACGAUGUCAUCGAGAUUGCAGGAAACCGAGCGCUUCAAGCAGCCAAACUCGAGUCCAGUCCUCUCCGGCAAGCAUUCAACAAAUUGGUGAACGUCUACGUCAAGCAGAUACCAGCGCAGCAAGUCUUGGAAAUGAUAUCCUCCAGGUGGGAGAAAGCCCCGCGGUCAUCCACGCACGAGCACCUUGCCGUGCUCUACUUUACCGAUCGCCUGGUACGCAUGUCUAGCAAGGAAGACUUGCUCUCGGUGUACAAACCGGUGUACCGCUUCUUGGUGCGGGUCUUUGACCUGCGCCGCGAGCAUGCCAAGGAGCUUUCGGCUGCAGACCUGGGCAAGGUGGAAGAUCAUUGCGUAGACGCUUUCGUCCACCUCGUAUUGAAGCUCAACGAGACGACUUUCCGACCGCUCUUCCUCCGGACCUACGAUUGGGCUGCGCAGGAUCUGCUGGAGGAUGAUGACGGGGAGGAGAAACCCUUGAACGACCUCGACCUGGUUGCCAGGCGCUUGGUGCUUUACAAGCUCAUCAACGGAUUACUGGACGCGCUCAAGGGUCUGUUUGCGAGCUAUUACUCGAGCGUGCUGGAUCUAAGCAUAGGGAUUCUAGACGGCUUCGCUCAAGGCACGCUUCGACAAGACGAUGGGUCGUCGCAAGGUUUGCUGUGGCACAGUGUGCUCGGCAGUCUGAAGAGGAGCGCGCAGCACGACACGGGUUCCUUCUGGUCUCCGACCCGACUGUCUCGAACUGCACCAGCGGUCAUUGCUCAGUUGACGGGCGCAGCCAAACAUCCAGCGACGGUCAGCUUGCCAACGGUCGGCGGCAGGGACCGUCCUUCGAUCUCCUCGCAGACUCGACACGUGUGCGACGUCAUUGGCGCUCUCGCGCAGGCGGUACCAGACGAAAAGUCGCUAAAGCAUCUCAACAAUCUCUUGUUGACGCUCAGUCGAACGCGCGAUCAUCGCGUAAAGGUGGCUGCGCUCACGGCCUUGGCAGAAAUAUGGUCAACAGAGGAGUUGGCGAGCACCCUGCUCGGUCUGACGCCAGAGAGCGUGCCGCACAUCAGCGAGCUGCUCGAUGCCGACGACCAGGCUACGCUCGAGGCUACCAAUCAUCUCGUCGGCCUCAUCGAGGGCAUCCUGGGCGAAUCGCUCGAUACUUAUCUGCAGUAAAGUGGCUCUUGUACGGCGCUGUCUGCCAUGCAUGCAGGCGCACUCAUGCGCAAAUAUACUACAUGCUAUCUGUUAAGGGUUGAGAAUAGGGACAUCGAUGAUGUGUGAUUAAGAGCCUGAUGUCAUAUUGACGUCAGCAGCGUUCAAAGUCUGUUCUCGCGAGAGCGGCGGUGAAUCGCAACAAAUUCGUCGUCUUUGCCUUCGAAUUGGCAAUCCAGUCCGUCGUCGUCGCAGCGCGCCCUCUCCCAUGGCGUGUUCAAAACCUCACACGUGCUCUUAGAAUGGCACUUUGCUCCUCUUCUUCUGCUUCGCCUCCUGGAGACCCUAGAAAUGCGCGCAGAAGAGAUGCAAAGGGAUCAGCGAUGAGAGAGCGCGCUUUCAUUGACUUUUCCGCGGCGACCACACCUUCCCACUAGCCAGACCAGUCAAUGACUACCGCAACACGAUCACAUUUUUCCAUGCGUCACACGGUGCA